CCACGUGCUAAUCAGCUGAUGCACCGCAGCCGAGGGCGCGCGAGUGUAUUUACGCACUCCGUCAUCGUGAUCAUCAUCAUCAUCGUCAUCAUCAUGCCUCCGCUCGAGAGGAGCCAGCAGCUGCGCAGCAAAUCAUUCAAGCAGAGGAAAAGCUUCGCCACCAGGAAGCAAGAAGUGGCCGGGAUCCGCUCCAAAUUCCCCAACAAGAUCCCGGUGAUCAUCGAGCGCUACGAGCGGGAAAAGUUUCUUCCCCCUUUGGACAAAACCAAGUUUCUUGUUCCACACGAACUCACCAUGAACCAGUUUCUCACCAUAAUCAGGAACCGCAUGGCGCUGCUGCCCUCCCAGGCCUUCUACCUGCUAGUGAACAACAGUGGUCUGGCCAGCAUGACUCUUAGCAUGGCUCAGGUCUACAGGGACCACCAGGACGACGAUGGCUUCCUCUACAUGACCUACGCCUCUCAGGAGAUGUUUGGGCAGCUUUAGCACAAACGUACCAAAUUCGUAUGUAAAUAUAUAAAAAUGUUUUGUGUAUUUUAAUAAAUAAAUCUUAUGUAUACAUCA